CUGCCCGAGGUACCUGGAGGAGAAGAACUUCGCCAUCAUGAAGCAGCGCGUGGACCGCGUGAAGGUGUUCCACGGCACCUGGGCGCAGGGUGCCGAGGCGGAGGGCCCCGGCUCCAUCACCAUCGCGUCCCUCCUCGACUCCAUGGACUGGAUGCCCCCCACCAUGAUUGCCGAGAACAUCUCCAAGGUCAUCGCCAACAUGGACAGGAAGAAGGGCCGCAUCUUCUGGCGCUCUUUCGCCGACCGCGUUCACUCCCCGGUCCUCGCGCACAUCAAGGCGGACCUCGUCGACACCUACGACCGCGUGGGCUGGUACCUCACCCAGUUCAUCGGACCGGUGCCCGAGCCCUACGACCCCGCCAUGCUCGAGUGCACCGGCACCGACAGCAGGCCCGUCAACUCCUUCCUGGACGACGUCGCGGUCAUGGCCGCGAUGGCCAAGCAGGGCCUGGCCUCCAAGAAGGACGUCCGCGCCUUUUACAAGUCGCAGGGCAAGAGGUACGACGGGUUCCGCGAGGCGCUCCUGCCCGGCCGCGAUCUGCUCAUGCAGCACGCGGUGCCGUGGGUCAAGACGCCGAAGACGUGGAUCUCGGUCGGGUGCGGGACCGCGCGGGACAUCGAGUUCGUCACGGGUCACGUCAAGGCUGCGGGUACCAAGGUGAUCCUGGUGGACCUCUCCGACGCGCUGCUCGACAUGGCUCGCCAGAGGGUCAUCGACCUCGGCCUCCAGACCCAGGUGCAGCUCGUGGAGGGCGACAUCAACGACCCCAAGAUCAGGAAGCAGCUGCCCGAGGCUGACCUCGUCACGUGCUCCUACUGCCUCACCAUGAUCCCGAAGUGGAAGGAUGCCCUGAAGAACAUGCUCGACCUGGUCAAGCCGGGUGGCAACCUCGCCCUCAUCGACUUUGUCACCCGCGAGGGCAGGGAGAGCAACUGGGAUCAGAAGCUCUACAAGUGGUGGUUCGCCAUGGACGGCGUGUACUUCAACCGCGAACACGUCGACUGGCUUCGCGCGCAAAGGAGCCUGUCGACGAUCUGGUACAGCGAGGAGGAGUCCAGGGUGCCCUACACCCCGUACUACCCCACGCACUACCUCUACGUCGGCGAGAAGAAGGCCAAGUAAGGGGAAGGGUCCACAUUCUUUAACGACGUGAACGUCGUCAAUAUUACUGGGACGGGUUUCCGGGAUGCAUGACCUAGACUUACAGGGUUCUUAGGUACGUGUUGGGGGAGAGAGAGAGUUGGGGGAGAGAGGGGCGGGGACGGCCGACGGCUGCGGCUGAGGAUCGGAUCGUCCCCCGCACCCCGAGCCUUCGCUGGGCCCUUUCCGACGUGGGGAGGGCGAGCGAACGCGAAUUGGCUCAAUGUCUGAAAGAUAGUUCACUGCGGUGACGCGCUUUUUAUAAACAAACCGCAAUUUACUCGC